ACCUUCUCUUCCGGUUUAAAUAUUGCGGGAAAGUUGAGCUGCGUACUGACAACAGCACAAGUGUUUAUGUUGUGUUCAGUCGACCUGGAUAAAACAAUUUUGAUAACAUGAGGACAUUAGAAGAGGUUCAAGCCACACUACAAAUAGCUAAAGUAAAAGAAGAAGACCUGCAGCCCGUCACUUACUGUCUCUCUUUUGGAGAUAAUGUGUCGUCGGGAGAUUACUGUCUCCUGGAGCUGGAUGAUACACUUUGCAAACACAUCGAAGCUGGCAAAAGUCUUAUAAUCAGAGGUGAUAAAGACGAGCAUGCUGUUCUGUGCACUGAAGAAAAGACAUACGACUUGAAAAUUGCGGACACGUCAAACCUGCUCCUGUUUGUCCCAGGAUGUAAAACGCCAGAUCAGCUGCCCGACAGCUCAACAUCUCAACUCAUGCAUGCACAGAUUUGGGGUUUUUCAAAUAGUUAUUGGGAGCUGAGAAAGCAGAGACCAAGGUUGAAGAAACUGAAGAAACUUCUAAUGGAGAAUCCAUAUGACGGUCCAGCGGUGGGCAUGCAGGAGGAGGCGCCAGGAGAGAAGUAUACUAUAGAUGACCUUCUUGAGAGAAUCCAAGCAAGUAGAGAAGAAAUUGAGACACAUCUUCAAAAUGUUCAUGCUUGUGAAAUUGACGGAUUUUGGAGGAUCCUGGAUUUUGAUUAUGAGAUGAAGCUCCUGGGUCAUGUGACCCAGCUGGUGGACUCCGAGUCUUGGUCUUUCAACAAAGUUCCUCUCACUGUUUGCCUGGAAGAGCUGGGAUCGCUUGAGCCAAAAGCCAUGAUAGAACACUGUCUCAACUGUUAUGGAAGAUGCUACACAAGUGAAGAUGGUCAGGUGAUGUUUGCAUUGGAUGAGGACAAAGUAUGUAGGGCCACAGCUCAGCUGCUCCUGCAAAAUGCUGUGAAGUUCAACCUGUCAGAGUUCCAGGAGGUUUGGCAGCAGAGCGUUCCUGAAGGAAUGAGCACUAGACUGGAUCAGCUCCGGGGUUUAGCUCUAUUAGAUCGAAGCUCUAAACCAGAGACCAUCUCGCUGCUCCGGGUCGAAGAUUUGCCUGAGGACACACUGGAGCGAUUCAACAGACUCUUCAGCCUCAGAGAAAAAUGGACACAAGAUGACAUUGAACCCUACAUACAAGAUCUCUGUGGAGAGAAGCAGACCACUGGAGCCCUGCUGACCAGACAUGCCCGUUCAUCUGUGCAGAAUGGUAUUAAGGUCUACAAUUCAAGAAGACCUGUAGCAAUUUAACAACAAAACAAGUCACUGUAAAGCCACUUAUUGUUGCUUUUUAUGUUGAGUCAAAAAUAAUAAACAUAUUAUAUAUACA